AUGGCGCCGCGGUCGCUCCUCGAGAGACUCGAAGAACUUUGCAACGUCGACGUCGACGAUGUCGAUACUGCACUCAUCAAGAGCUUGCCGUUCACCCCUCACAACCAGACCUCGAAUCAAGCCGUCAUCACGAAGGAGCUGUUGAAUCCUGAGAACCAGACGCUCCUGGAGGACCUUGUUGACAAGCAUGGUAAAGAAGGAUGGGAGAAAGUGUAUAAUAUGGCGACCUCCCUUCGCUACGUGAACGACCGGACCGCCAUAAUCAAACAAUGUCACGAGUAUGCCGAAGCAUUCGAGAAGUCCGGCGUGUCAAGAGAUCGUUUCGCCAUCAAAGUGCCAUUUUCUGGAGCAGCGGCAUCGGCGGCCUUGGAGCUCAAUGCUGAAGGUAUUCGCACGCUGGCAACAGCUGUGUUCUCUCUGGAACAAGCUAUUGCAGCAAGCCAGUCAAAUUGUCUGUUCAUCAGUCCAUACUACAAUGAAAUCGCAGCACAUUUUGAUCCGGCGCUACGUCCACAGGUCAAAGAUCCAGCUCUCGAGCAUCCCAUGUCCGCCCGCGUUAUCCAUAUUCUGAAGACAUUUGCGCAGGCUUAUGUGCAGACGGGAAAGGAACAACCGAUUAUGGUCAUCGCGAGUCAUUUCAACAUUGAUGAGGUUCUUGCGAUGGCUGAAUUGGGUUGCCAACACGUCACUAUUCAAGGUCCCAACCUGAACAAGCUUAUGGAGACACCUGACACCCUUCCUCCGGUAGCCAAGAAGAAGCCUAAGCAUCCAUACGCUGAAUUCGCUGUGGUAGAGCGAUUGAAGGCAUUGGAGACGCUAGAUCCGCUUUCCGGACCCGAAUGGAAUCAAGUGCUAGCGACAAUGGACACAGACUAUGUGGUGAACGGUGGAGAAAAGCUUGACCAGUUCAUUGCAGAGAAUUCGGUGCUGAAUAAGAGGUUCGGAGAUGCUUGCAAUUUCUUUCUCGAGGCCGAAGAAAAAGCGAAGGUGGCUAUUGAAAAAGUCAUGGCGGAGAAAGGCUUAUAA